UUUAUUGAAAGCGGGCUGAUCGAACUUUCAAAUAAACUCAAAUUCAUAAUGCGCAAACACUCCAACGCUGAUAUAAAAUUGAUUUGAAACGAAUUGUUUCAAUUUUUAAUAUUAAAAACAUUUGUUUUCAUCACUAUAAAAAUUAGUUGAGUGUAAUAAUUUAUGCAAUGGAUAUUCAGCCGCAAAUUGUUGAUCUAACUUUUUCAGAUAAUGAUGAUGAUGGGGAAGAACUUUUGUCUCUUCAAGAUAGAAUAUUAUUAAUGGGCAAACAGAAAGAAGGAAACAAAAUUCACUUACCUAGUUCUCCACCUGCUGUGAAGAAAAGAUUUCAUUCUGUGUCAGAUGAUGAAAGUGGGGAUUUAAAUAAAGAAGUGGAAAAAAUAAAAUCUUAUUUUGAUGGAAGCUCGGGUGAUGAAUUACCAGAUCUGAAAGAUUUACUAAACAUACAUCAUCCUGCAAUUAGUCCAGAAAGUGAUGAUGAAUUUAAAAUAGCCUCGGCUUCCAUUCCUAAGAAAGUUAAAAAGACUAAAGCAAAAUUGGAUACAGAUUCAGAGAAAGAAGUUGCAAAAUUGGAAAGACUUAAAUUGAGAGAAGAAAAAAAGAAGGAAAAAGAAUUAGCUAAAGCUAUAAAAGCAUCUGAAAAAGAAAUUCAAAAAAGUAAAAAGCCAGAUGAAUGUUUAAAGGGUAUGAAAAUUCUCAUAGAUCAAAGUAUAAUUUUUGAAAAUGAAAGUGAAGAUAUAUAUUUUGCUUUAGAUGAAUCAAAUAUAAGAUAUAAUAUUGAAGAAAAUCCUAUUAAUAUGUCUGUGAUCUGGUAUAGAACAACUGUUGAUGUUACAGUUGAAAAUGGCGAGGUUAUAAAGUUGGAAAAAGAACAACUAGAAAAUGUGUUAGUAUUAGUUAUUCCAAGUGAAAAUUUCAUCAAGAUGGUUUAUGCAUAUAUGCAGAAAUCUAAAGGAAAAAUGGCCAAUGAAUUAACUCUAGUGGAUUAUAUUACCAACAUUAAGAUUGCUUUUCCUCAAAUGGAUAUUACUUGCACUGUUGUUGGCUUAGAUAAGUAUCAAAGAUCUGUGAAAGAGAAUGAUAAGUGUGAUAUUGAAAUGAAAAAGAUGGUGAGGCAAGUUUCAAAAACCAUUAUUGAAGAGGCUACAACUGAAGUCCAGAUCCAGGCUUUUGUUAAUUUCAACUUUUUAAAUACUAUGCGCGAAUUGGGUGAAAUGUUUGUACGCUUUUCAAAAGCCAUUGCUGAAGCUCCUCAAAGGAGAGAAAAGCAGGCACAAAAGUGCUUAGCAUUUUCGUGGUACGCUGAUGCUGACAGCAGCUGCCCAGUAAAAAUUGGGAAGGAUGGAACUGGAUUUAUUAAAUUAUGGCAGCAACAAAUUCAGCAGUUCAAUAAUGUUGCUCCCGAAGUUGCUGAAGCUGUUGUAGCUAAAUAUCCUUCAUUACAGAUACUAAUGGAGGCUUACAAAGCUUGCAAUUCUACUAAAGAAGCUGAGCAGUUGUUGCAAGAUAUAGUAGUCAGAAGAAAUUAUGGCCCGUUAGGUACUCAGCGUCGUAUUGGUCCUGAAUUAUCUUACAAAAUUUAUCUUUUUUAUAAUUCAAGGGAUGGAAAUCAAAUUCUUCAAAGAUAAGAGGGACAAUAAUAUUAUUUUUGUAUAUAUAUUUUUUGUAUAUGACCAUGUCAUUUUUGUUAUGUAUUGUCUUCAUCUCCAUUUUCAAGUGAAAGAAAACAAAUGAACAGAAUUUUUAUACUUUUGUACAAUCAAGACACCAAUCGUUUAAACUGUGAUAUGUAUGUACAUCUGUUUUUAUCUUCAGGUGAUAUUUCUUUUAUCACUUUUUGUUUUAUAUAUUUGAAAGCAUGGGUAUUUUUUUUUAAUUAUAUUUUUGGUUUCAUCAUUAUCUUUUAUUUUAAAGUUAUUGAAUUAUUCUUUUAUAAAACUAUAUCCUUAUUUUUAAAUAUGCAGCUUUCUGUGGU